AUGUCAAGGAGUAUUUCCGACGAGAAGGACCAAGAGAAAAAUGUGGGAAUUUCUACCAUAGAUAGAGAGAAAGCUUUACUCAAUGGAGAUGAUGAAAGUACUACCCAGAUAGGAACAACCAAAGAAGCCGAUAAUUGGGUUGAUAAAAUUGGUCUUCGUAUUAAUGCAGAAAUCAGAGGUAUUGAAAGAGUUCCUGAAGAAGAAAGAACUGAUACUUCAUUAUUAUCCCCAUUAUUCAUUUUCUUAUCACCAAAUAUGGUUAUCAGUGGGUUGUCCAUUGGAUCAUUGGGUCCAACUGCUUUUGAUUUAGAUUUUAGAACCAGUACCAUUAUUAUUUGUAUUUGGUGUUUCAUCGGUGCUUGUUGUACAGGUAUUUAUUCUGCAUUUGGUAUGAGAUUUGGAUUAAGACAACAAAUUUUAUCUCGUUAUUUCACAGGGAAUAUCAUGGGAAGAGUAUUUGCAUUAUUCAAUGUUAUUUCAUGUAUUGGGUGGAAUGCCGUUAAUGUUAUUCCUUGUGCACAACUUUUAAGUGCUGUUGGACCUUUACCACCAUGGGCUGGUUGUUUAAUUUUGGUUAUUUGUACUUGUAUUUUCGCUGUGUUUGGAUAUAAAACUGUCCAUUUAUAUGAAAAAUACGCAUGGAUUCCUAAUUUUAUUGUUUUUAUCAUCAUUAUUGCUAAAUUUGCUCCAACUCAUUCUUUCAGAUGGGGAGAAAUGAAAUCCGGGGAAACAGAAAUAGGUAAUGUAUUAAGUUUCAUUGCCGUUAUAUUUGGUUUAAAUGCUGGUUGGAUUCCCCUGUCUGCAGAUUACACAGUUUAUAUGCCAUCAAAUUCUAAUCCUUGGAAAGUUGCCUCAGCUAUGGUUAUUGGAUUGACUUUACCUACUAUUUUUGCCUGUGUCUUAGGUGCAGCUAUUGGUACUAGUGUUUCUAUUGACGGAUCAAGAUUUCAAACAGCUUACAAUGAAAACUCUAUUGGUGGGUUAGUUUAUGAGAUCUUAUGUGGUGAUAAUAACAAUCAAGGGUACAGGUUUAUCAUUGUUGUUUUUGCAUUGGGUGCUGUUUCUAACAAUAUGCCGGGUUCAUACUCGUUAUCAUUAGCCAUUCAAUGUAUUUGGAGUCAAUUUGCUCGUGUUCCAAGAAUUGCUUGGUGUAUUAUUGGUAAUUUGGUUUCUUUAGCUUUUUCCAUUCCAGCAUACUAUAAAUUUGAAGCAGCAUUAUCGAAUUUCUUAUCCAUUAUUGGUUACAAUGUUUCCAUUUAUUUAAGUAUGUCCUUGGCAGAACAUUUUAUUUACAGAAAAGGAUUUUCAGGUUAUGAUGUUAGUGAUUUCAACAAUCCAAAAACUCUUCCCAUCGGAAUAGCUGGUGUGGUUGGGUUCUGCUUUGGAAUUUGUUCUACAGUUCUUUCAAUGAAUCAAACAUGGUACCAAGGAGUCAUUGCUAGACAAAUCGGAGAAUAUGGUGGUGAUAUUUCAUGGGAGUUGAAUAUCAUUUUUGCCUUUGUUGGUUACAAUUUAGCUAGACCAUUUGAAUUGAAAUACUUUGGUCGUUAA